CCCUAGCAACCAGUGAACGCUUGGUGGCGACCGUCCCGCGGCGGUAAACAUUUGUCCUUUUUUUUCCCCGCCGUUUUAACAUCGUUUUUGUGCCGAAGUUCGUCCCGCAGCGGAUUUCGCCGGAUACGAGAGAGAGAGAGUCGGCGGGAAAAGAUUUUUAUGACUUUAUUUCUGGGAAAACGUCCCUGUGCUGCAUUCAGGGUAAUUGGAACACACCACCACUGUAUGAUCUGGUGAUGCUUUCAGGGACCUCCUGAUGGAUGAGACACUGAAGCCUCUGAGGAUCCCUCCUCAGAUGUUCGUCUACGCUGACAAACACAGAAUCUCCCAGCUGGUGCAGAGCAUGGUGUGCAGCCUGGUGAUCGAUCAGCCUGAUGAUCCAAUAUCCUACCUGAUCGGGCUGCUGCAGAGGAGCAGCGAGGACAUCCCCAGGGUGAUGGUGCUCGGGCCGCCUGCCGUCGGCAAACACACCGUGGCCAAAAAGCUGAGCGAAGAGCUGAGAGCCGUUCAUGUGACUAAAGACAGUUUACUGCAGUACCAGUCAGAUCUGCACGUCCACACUGAGCAGGAGCUUUCGGAGGGGCUGCUGGUCAGUUUGGUUCAGCAGAGGCUGAAAGAGAUCGACUGCUUCCACAGGGGAUGGGUGUUGGAAGGAAUCCCUCAGACUCGCCUGCAGGCUCUGAGUCUGCAGCAGGCCGGCGUCAUCCCCGAGCAUGUUGUGAUGCUCGAGGCCUCAGAUGAUGUGUUGAUGGAGCGGAAUCGGGGGAGGCUGGUAGACCUAAUCACUGGAGAUGUCUACCAUCAGACCUUUAUCCUGCCGGAUGAUGACAUCAUCAGUCAGCGUCUGGAGAAAGGGCGGAGCCUGUCAGAGCAGCAGAGAUUGGCUAAGCUGCAUCAUUACUGCUGUGAGAGCACAGGUCUGAGAUCCGCCUAUCAACACGUCCUAAAGGUCAUCAACAGCGACCAACCACACGCAGAUGUCUACCAACAAGUGUUGGCCUUCGUCCGGACUCAUCAGCGCUCCAGAACUCCCAGAAUCCUCCUGCUGGGUCCAGCGGGGUGUGGAAAGAGCCAUCAGGCCCGGCUGCUCUCAGAGAAAUACAAAAUGGUGGACGUGAGCUGUGGUCAGUUGCUGAGGUCUGUAGCUGCUAGUGGCUCCAGUCAGGGAGAAGAGAUCAAGGUGUACCUGGAUGAUGGACGUCCAGUUCCAGACUCCCUGGUGCUGCGGAUCCUGGAGGAGCGUCUGAGCCGGGUGGACUGCACCAGCAGGGGCUGGAUCCUGCACGGCUUCCCCUGCGACCUGCAGCAGGCCAGGAGUCUGCAGGAGCUCCACCAUGAGCCCAACAGGGUUUUUUUCCUGGAGGUGAUGGAUGACACUUGCAUGGAGAGACUCACUCUGAGAGCCACAGACCCGGUCAGCGGUCAGAGCUUCCACACCGUGACUCGACCGGCUCCGAGCGCUGAGGUCCAGAACAGACUGAAGACCCGACCCGAGGACAGCGUGAUGUCUGUAACACAGAGACUGAAAGAGUACAGGAUCCACAGCGCUGCCCUGCAGUCUGUGUAUCCUGAUGCAGUUCACAUCGAUGCCGAUCAGGACCCUCACUCUGUGUUCGAGGCCAUGGAGAGCAGACUGACCUUGGACUGACACCCGGACUCACCUGAACAGGAAGAGGUCGCAUGAGCAUCUCUGAGGUCUUUCCCUCUGUGUGAGAAUAAAGUGUUUGCUGCUCCUCAUGUGUUUGGUCUCUUUUUCUCUCCACUCUGAGGUCCCACCUGACCCAUCCUCAGUGACUCCGCCCACUCAUCCCAGUGUGGCUAAACCUGAGUGCCGCUGUAGGUGAUCCUCUGCAGACACACCUGAACGUUUAGACUGUCCACCAGAGCUGCAGCUUCACUGUGGAGCUGUUGUGAUGAUCAGAAGGAAAAACCCACAAAGGUCACUGAGCUAACAUCUGUGGAAGGAGCUGAAACAGACUAGAGAAG